AUGACUGAUUUACAAAUUAAUACAAGAUUACCAUUACGUCGUAAUCGGCCUGGCACUAAAGCAAAAGAUUGGUGUCAUUGGCCAGAAGAAACAUCAGAAAAUAUGGAUUCACUCUAUCAUAUUCAACAAUAUAUUCAACAAUCAAUUCGACGUAAUCCAUCUGAUGUUGAUUUUAUUCUUCAAGCACCUGAUCAACAAGAUGAAGGUGUUUGGAAAUAUGAACAUUUAAGACAAUUUUGUCUUGAAUUGAAUGAUUUAACUGUUCUUUUACAAAAAGAAUGUUUACCUGAAACUUGUUCACAAAUGACAGCAACUGAACAAUGGAUAUUUUUAUGUGCUGCACAUAAAAAUCCAAAAGAAUGUCCCGCUAUUGAUUAUACAAGGCAUACACUCGAUGGUGCCGCUUCAUUAUUAAAUAGCAAUAAAUAUUUUCCAAGCCGGUAAGUUUAUAUUCUUCUCUCAUCAGUUGACAAUAUUUUUUUUAUAAUACGAAAAAUAUUAUUCUAAAUUUGAGACAAAAAUUUAAAUAAUGUAAAACUCUUAAUUAUCUUAUAGAAGAAAUGCUCUUGUUUUUUUUUUGUUUUGUUUCAUCAAUGUUUAUAAUUAACAACAUGCUAGUACAAUGUAAGGUCAAUCAUCAAUUACUCUUAUAAAAGAUAAAAAAAACAAAAAACAAAGAUCUUUGAUAACAAUGUAUUAAAAUUAUUCAACCAGGUUUAUUUUCCAUUAGUAAAAGCGUUAGAAAAAAAAUCUAAUAAGAAUAUAAAGAAAUAAAUAUUAAUAUUAUUACCAAAUUCGUAAAGAUAGGAACUUCAGAAAAUCAAACUUCUGGAGGGCAUGUUAAGCCCCCCCCCCCCCCUAGAAAAUCGAAUUUUUAUCACAGGAAGAUGCGGCGAAGCUUCCUCUUUCAGAAUAUAUAUAGCUUUUUGGAAAAUGACCAGAUUUUCAAAGACUUAUCAUAUAAAACUUUGACUCUACUACCAUAUUUUCGGAGAAAUUUUCAGGUGUUUCAGUUUUGAAAAAACUGCGUUGUCACUUGCAUUAGCAUUGAGUAGAACACUUUUAUAUUACCCAGCAUGUCAGAUGGCGUUAGUUACCUUCAUCUCUUACGUAGUCUACAACGAUUCACUGGAAUGAAUUAAUAAUAUACCAUUGUAAUAUGAUUUUUUCUGGAUUUGAAUGAAAAAAUCCAGUUCUAAAAUUUCUUUAGCGUUUUUCUCAAAAUACGAUUUCCAGACAGAAAAAUUGAAAUAACUCCGUCCUGUCUCAAGCUGUAGUCAAUAAUUUUUUUUUGUUUUAAAGGUCUUAAUGAGAGUAAAUUUUUGUCCGAACGGAUUUUUUAUAGUUGGUUCCUGGACUGAGAAAAGUGGGAUUUACUGUCGUUGGACCACUAUUUUUUAUGCUAAUUUUAAGACCAUCCCACUAAAAUGCUCAUAAAAAAUGAAUGAGAUUGAAUUUCAAAAUUCUGUUCGGACAAAAGUUGCAUACUCACAUUGGCUUUAAUUUGACACCAACUCGAGCUCUCUACUCCAUCUUACGACGAAGUUAUAUCGAUUCUCCUGAAGGCCAAAAAUGACCUGUGAAUCAGCUGGAAAUCCGGUCUAGUGCGACCAAUCGAUCUGAAAUUUUUACCAGAAGCGUAUCUCUCCAAGAUCACUCAUUCCUGAAAAUUUCAGCCCAAAAGGACCAUCUUAAGUGGAAAAUCUUUUCUGAGGGGGGCCCCUUAAUAUAGUCUAAAUAAAAUUACUUAGGGAUAUACAAAAGUAGGGUCGUCAGGGUCUUAUUACCUUAUAGAAAGGUUGAAAAAAUUUUCUUUUUUUUAUGAAAAGAUAGAGCGUCUUUCCCUCUAUUUUUCUAUGCUAUUUGGUCACUAUUCAACUGAUAUAAUAAUAAUAAAAUUUCGAUAAAAACUGUUUUUUGUUGGAAACUAGCUGGUAACAUUAGAUCAUAAUGGAUGGGACAUUUUUGUAUUUCAUUUUAUUAUCACUUAAUAUGUUGUACUAAAAAAAAAACAAAAUAUACCACAAGAUGCAGCUUGAAAAGCUCUACAAUUUAUAAAGGAUCACUUAUUUAAUAGUUGCACUUUUUAUUUUGGAAAUGGACAAAACUCUGACCGACCUAUUUUCGACGUUACGAAAAUGGGAUUGUUUUUUGGUAAAAGACGAAUUGAUUUUUUUUGUAUCGUAUCUUUUUAUAAUUGUUCUUUGUAAAUUGUAGAGCUUUUCAUGCUGCGUCUUGUAGUGUAUUUUGUUUUUUCUAAUGAAAUAGAUCAGGUAAUGCUACCACUAAGUCAACUAUCAACGAAUGAAUUAAUUAAAUUAUGAAAACGAUUGAUCGUAUGUUGUACUUAAAUCAAAUGUGAAUAUGAAGAGAUAUAUUGUCAAAUGAAUUUCGUCAGUUUGUAGUCAAGUUUAGUGUACGCUGAACUAUAGUAUAAAAGCUUUUUUUUUCCAUCCGGAUGUCUUUAGAAAACGAUUAUGAUUUUCAGAGAUUCAACACUGAGUUUUAAGUUUUAAAAUAUAUAUUCAAUUGAAAAAAAUUCUUUUCCUUUGAACUAUGCAAGUCUGAAAUAUCUAACUGGUACUAUUCAAGAGUUAUAAAGAUUUUUCAAAAAUCUCUGAUUUUGGCUAGGUGACUCUGAACUAAGUAAAAACAAAAUUGACCUGGAGGGUAGUAAUAGAUUACGUUCAAUCGAGUAGUAAUCGUUGUUGUCAAUUAGUUGUUGGUAGUUUUUGCAUAAUUCAAGGUCGAGACCAAAACGGCUAGCCUUACUCAUGUCUACUCAUUUUCUACUUAGGGCAUACCAAAAGUACUGGCAGUGACACUUUAAUACCCUAUAGUAGGCUUUAAGAAACUUUCUUUCUAUAUAGUCUGAUAGAGAAAAAAAUGCUCUAUCUUUCUAUACUAUUUGAUCGUACUUCAACUAAUCUCAUAGUAUUAAAUUAUCUAUAAAACCAAUUUCGGCUGGUUAUAUGCUGGUUGUAAGUUUUGCAUUGCAGUUUUCGAUUUCUUACUAGUUGUAUUAAUAACCAAAAUAUACUAUAAGAUGCAGCGUGAAAAGCUCUACAAUUUGCAUACGACCACUUAUUUUAUAGCUGCAAUUUUUGUUUUCGAAAUCGACAAAAUUUGGAGCAAUCAAAUUGUGAAGAUGCGAAAAAGACAAUGUUUUCGAUACACAACAAAUUCAUUUUUGUUAUUUCAUUGUUUAUCACCUGAUAUGCUUUACCA